AUGGCACGAGAUUCGAGAGAAACAAGUAUCAUACCAAGGGCCAAAGCAGUGGCACAAGUAUUGAAAUUAAAUUCAACAAUAACAAGCCGUAAUAUCAGACGCAACGGUAUGUCAGAUAAAGGGGCCAAAGCAGUUGGAGAAGGCUUGAAAAUGAACAGGGCAUUAGGAAGUCUUGAUAUUGGAGGAAACAGUACAUCGGUAGAAUGGGCCAAAACGGUUGCAGAAGGAUUGAAAAUGAACAGAACAUUAGCAAAACUUGGUAUUAGCAGACAAUAA